ACCUGUUAGCUGCAGAUGUUCAAGUUCUCGAUCUUUAAACUCGGGUUUGUGUUUUCAGACUCCAUCGCCAACAAGCUUCACAUGCAGAAAGUCUCAGAGUUCGCGUUGUCACCUGGAGGUCAACCCUGCAAGGUGGCUGUCUACGUUCUAGGCAGUAAAGGAGCCCCCUCGUUUGUUCGUCUGUACCAGUACCCGGUGCUGGGCGGACCGACUGCGGCAAUUGCCAACAAGAGCUUCUUUAAGGCGGACAAAGUGCACAUGCAGUGGAACAAGAAAGCCUCCGCGGUUCUGGUGACAGCGAGCGUCGAGGUGGACAAAUCUGGAGCCUCCUACUAUGGCGAGCAGACUCUGCAUUACCUUGGUGUGAACGGAGAAACCGCUCUGGUUCAGCUGUCGAAGAAUGGGCCAAUCUACGAUGUGGUGUGGAGUCCGAACUCUGCAGAGUUCUGUGUGGUGUACGGCUUCAUGCCGGCCAAAGCCACUGUCUUCAACCUCAAAUGUGACCCUGUGUUCGACUUUGGAACGGGACCGAGAAAUGCAGCCUACUACAGUCCUCAGGGACACAUUCUGGUCCUGGCUGGCUUCGGGAACCUGCAGGGUCAGAUGGAGGUCUGGGACGUGAAGAAGUACAAACAGGUGUCCAAACCUCAGGCUCCAGACGCCACCCUUUUCUCCUGGUGUCCUGAUGGCGAACACGUUGUCACGGCGACCUGCUCUCCCAGGCUGCGGGUCAGUAACGGUUAUAAGAUCUGGCACUACACCGGCUCUGUGCUUCAUAAAUGCGACAUAGCUGCUGGUUCGGAGCUGUGGGAGGUUCUGUGGCAGCCGUUCCCUCACGGCAGCUUCCCAGAGCGGCCCGUGAAAUACCAGGCGGCGUGCAGCGAGCUAGGGACCACACAGGCCCCGCCCACUCAGGCUUAUCGCCCACCUGCACUGAGACACCUGCCGGCCUCGGCCAGCACCAAACUGCACGAGGAGGAGCCUCCUCAGAACAUGCGUCCAGGAGAAAAGAACCUUUCAAAAUCAGCUCUGAAGAAUCAGAAGAAACGAGAAGCAAAGAAAGCAGCGAAACAGGAAUCAAAGUCUGAACCAUCGCCUGACCCCGCCCCUGUCACCAACAGCCAAUCAGAGCCGGGCAGCGGUGACCCGGAGACAGACAAGAAGAUUAAGAAUUUAAAGAAGAAACUGAAAGCCAUCGACGAGCUGAAGGAGCAACAGACGUCAGGACAAGUCCUGCAGAAGAACCAGCUGGAGAAGAUCCAGAAGGAGGAGCAGCUUCUGGAGGAGCUGGAGGAGCUCCAGAUCAGACAGUAGGGGGCGGUGCACGAGGGCACGCCUCCAAGUCCCACAAUCCAUCACUCUAAUGAACACUGAGGACCACUAUCUGUUCCUGAACGUUAAUAUUAAAAUGUUUUAGUUUCCUCCACCUGAACUCAAACGAGCAGGGGGUGGGGCUUAUAUAAGAGGCUGUACCCAGUUUAAUACACCUACAUCACCUGUCCAUCACUUCAUCUCUCUGCCUCUGGAAUUCUGGGAAAUGUAGUUCAUUAAAAAAUGAGAUUAAAAG